AUGCAAGCGGUAAAGGCAGAACAUAUUGAUAAAUUAAGGAUAAAGCUUUUUCAGUCUUGUCAAAUAUUGACGAAUUUAAAUUUGUUUCAAGCGGCAAAAUGGUGUGCUGAAGCAUUGAAUGGAUUAUCUCAAACAGAUCAAAAGGAAACGGUCCCAUUCGAAUAUCCUAUUAUUGAACAAGACCCUGAUGAUAUAAUGGACCAAGAAAAGCUUAUGCUAGCAAAGGCAUACUUCAAUUGCAAAGAAUUUGAUAGAGCAUCAUAUAUUUUGAAGGAUUGUAAGAGUGGAAGUGCAUUAUUCUUUCGAUUGUAUUGUAUAUUGAUAAGCGUUGAUAAAAAGGCAACGGAAGAAACAGACGGAUCUAUAAACCUUGGAUCUUUAUUUUUGCAGGGAAGUAAUAAUCAUGAACCAUCUGAUAAUGAAUAUAACAAUGCUGCAAGCCGAGGAAAAGAGGAACUUGUGGGGAGUCUUAAUACCAAGCUCUCUAAGAUCAUUCAAGAGUCAGAGAACUAUCAUUCCAAACCAGAGAACAAGCCAAAUGCAUUUUUAUACUAUUUGAACGGUAUAGUGUAUAAUAAAAAGAAGAAAUAUGCAAUGGCCCAACAUAACUUUUUCCAAUCACUUCGUCUUUUUCCUUAUAAUUGGUCCUGCUGGCAAGAAUUAAUAUCCACGUUGAAUACUUUUGAUGAAGCGAUUGCCUUCAUAAAUAAAUUAAAGUCAGCAAAGUCCUCAUUGACGAACAAUAUUAUGUUUCACUUUUUUGAAGUGGUAGUAUUACAAGAAUUUUAUCAACAACUGGCUUCCUUAAAGUCAAACUUAGACAACUUAAUAAAUACUUUUCCAAAGUUCAAUUUUUUAAAAGUUCAACAAUUUUUAAUUGCAUAUCAUGGUCUUGAUUACUUCCAAGCCGAAACAAUUUUUGACCAAAUCUUGAUCGAAGACCCAUUACGACUUGAUGACUUGGAUACUUAUUCUAACAUGUUAUAUGUAAUGGAGAAACGAUCGAAGCUAUCUUUCCUUGCCCAGUUUGCUUCGCUGGUAGAUAAGUUUCGUCCUGAAACCUGUUGCAUCAUUGCUAAUUAUCAUUCAAUGAAAUGUGAGCAUGAGAAGGCUAUAAUGUACUACAAGCGUGCUUUGACACUUAAUAAAAAUUGUCUUAGUGCAUGGACAUUAAUGGGACAUGAAUUUGUGGAAUUAAAGAAUUCUCAUGCAGCAAUUGAAUCUUAUAGAAGGGCUGUAGAUACAAAUCCAAAAGAUUUCAGGGCUUGGUAUGGUUUAGGUCAAGCAUAUGAGGUUUUAGAUAUGCAUUUAUAUGCGUUAUAUUACUAUCAAAAAGCAACGAGUUUACAGCCAUUAGAUAAAAGAAUGUGGCAAGCAAUUGGAAAUUGUUAUGAAAAGAUUGAGAAAUACGAAGAAGCUAUUAAAUCGUUUGAAAAGGCAUUAACAAUAGAUAAUUAUAGCAAAGGUGGACUUGAUAGCACUGAAGAAGUAUUCAAUUAUGAACCACAUAUAUGUUACAGAUUGGCGACCAUUUCUCAAAAGCUAGGGCGGUCUAAGGAUACAUAUAAGUAUAUGAAAUUAUGUUUCGAUCAGGAAUACGAAUGGGGAGUUAGUGAUGAAACAUCUAAAGCCAGAUUAUGGCUAGCUAGAAGUGCUCUCGAAAACCAUAGAUUUGAAGAAGCAUAUGAGCUAGCAAAGGAUUUAAAUCAUAGUAAUGCACAUGAUGUGGAAGAGGCUAG